GUGCGGAUUCAAUUCCCUCUUUCCGAUCGUCAUUGAUUCCUUGGGUCUCUCUGAUUGGCUGUGUUGCAGGACCAGGCUGACUCCAAGAAAAAAAGAGAGGAUGAGCACGGAAUGAGCAGCAACAAGAAAGAAUAGUAAUUGCUACAGAAGUGGGGUUGAUUAGCCAAGCCAAGGGUCUGUCUGUCGCUGGUCUGCGGUGUGAAGAGGGUUAUGAGCAGCUACGGGUCACAGGAGAGUCCUCCGGGGAAUGUGAUGGAGAAGGUGGUCGGGAAACAGGUGGCCAGUCCAGUUGCGUCGGGAUUGGGAUAUGGCUGCUGCGCUGGAAUGGCUCUCUUCUUGGCGUCGAGGGCCACGCUGACUCUGUGCUCUCAGAGUGGGACAGGUGGAGGGUGGGCGAGUGGGCCAUUCGCGUCGUGGCACAGCGGGUUGCAGACUUCUGGAAUCACUGGUUCGGUCGCCAUGGCUGGCGUGUUCUCUGCUCCGACGGCCCCACUCAUACCAUCAUCGUUAUCGCUGCUGCAAGCGGAGGGCCGGGAAAGCCAGACGUCGUUUUCGUCAAAUAAGGUGCACUCGGCUUUUCUGAUACAGGUGGCUUCGAAAGGGCGUCUUCUUCUUUGGGGAGCCAAGGUUAACAGUUUGAUAGAAGCAGGGCAGAUCUGGCGAUUAAUUACCCCUGCAGUACUCCAUGCCAACGUGGGACAUCUUCUGGUUAAUUGCUAUUCACUGAACUCAGUAGGACCAGUUGUUGAAGAACUUGGAGGAGCACGCCGGUUUCUGGCUGUCUAUACCGUCUCGGCUUUAGCAGGGACACUGGCAAGCUACCGCAUGUGUACAUCUCCGUCAGUGGGGGCAUCAGGGGCAAUUUUUGGAUUGGUUGGAGCACUUGCAGUGUUCUUUGCCAGGCAUCGACGGCUGCUCGGCAACAGUGGCAGUCAAAAUCUUCAGUCGAUUUCAAGAGUGAUUGUGCUCAACAUGGUUGGGGGUCUACUUGGCGGAGCUGCAACGGCAUGGGUUGUAGGUCCCGCAUUGGUGUUCCAGACACCACGAGGUGGUGGGAGGAGGCAACUUGUAGAUCGUCCACCGUAUAAACUUUUGUUUCGCUCUAAUGAUUCGACAUCAUAGCCGCUCUCAUGCCUUCCUUUAUCCGUCCCCGAAUUCCAUCGAAAGGGAGGGGUAGUUGUGAAAAUGUUCCCCUGUGGAACUCUGAAAUAAUCAAAUGUCCCUUGUCGGAAUCUACGUGCAUGAUGCUGCAGAUAGGACCGGCACAUUGUCUUGCACAGUCGUUAAAGACUGCUAACACCUCCUCGGAAUCCGCACCCCAGUGGCAAAAGGGUACUCGGGUGACGAGAGAAACACCUAUCACUUGUGAGCGUUUGGUGUUCGGGUUAGUGUUCUGUCAGAAACUAAUCAUGUAAAUUACAUUAGGGUCCAAGUUGCAAAAUUAUAUUCUGUCUCGCAGCCGAUGCGGCCCGGGAGAGGCACGGGUGUGUGAAGGGCGGGUUCCUGCAGGAACAGUCGGUACCCCGAGCGUUUGGUGUGCUGGUUAGAUACCUGGCAGAAUUGCAUCGUGUGGAUUUUCAUUUGGGUCCUAGUUGCAAAUAUUUGUGUUCUGCAUCGCAACCGAUGCGGUUGGGGAGGCGCAUGGGUGUGCGAAGGGCGGGUCCAUGCAGGGACAGUCGGUAUCCCAAGCGCUUGGUGUGCCGAUUAGAGACGUGUCAGAAUUGUAUCAUGUGGAUUUACACUAGGGUUCUAGUUGCAAAUUUGUAUUCUGUCUUGCAACCGAUCCGGUCAGGGAAAUGCGCGGGUGUGCAAAAGGCGGGUCCCCGCAGGGACACACGGUACGCGUACCCCCUCUGUUAUGUCCCACUUUCCGAGUGUGUAGCAUGGCCAUACUUCUCAUGGUAGUGAAGGCUAUCCAACAUAUCAUCGUCCGAUUCAGGAUCGUUCCACUCCACUAGAAACAAGCUGACUACUAACAUCUUAUGGCCGUUGAUUCUUCUCACAUGCGUUGAUUUUUUAAAUUGAUGGCUCACAUGCGUUGAUUCUUUAGAUCGAUGGCUCACAUGCGUUGAUUCUUUAGAUCGAUGGCUCACAUGCGUUGAUUCUUUAGAUCGAUGGCUCACAUGUGUUUGAUUCCUUAGUGCGGUGCAAUUCUUGUGCAGAGGAGCUAAGGUCUCGGUCUGUGUCGUAUGUGAGGGUACAAGUUGAUCGGAAACAAAGUGUAAGCGAGAUUGCUUGCUAGAUAUGCCACAGUUGAUAUGAGUGGUGUGCGUGUCGAACGGUGUAGCAUGUACACGGCGUGUACAGCAUUCUGUAAGUCUACUUCGGGGAAUUGGAGGUGGAGCAAGUCCGAGCGACGUAGCAACGCAACCGCUUCAGUUCAUUUUUCUUAUCAAGCUGGGGGAUUUUUUUUUGUGAAGGAGAAGCUGAUGCAGGACAUGGUGACGAGAGCGUGUUGAUGACAACAAGCUGAACUAAACAUGACAUCACUGGUGGAUGACGAAGUCGGAAAUCGACGAUGGCAUUGGUAAAUUCUGUAGCUGAAUUGUUCCAUCCAUUGGUAUGUUGACAUUCAUUCAGUCAUUUUUUGUUAAUUCAACUCAGUUAAUUCAACUCAGUAACUCUCAGUUAGCUUUUCUUAUGCCAGGAUUGGCAAGGUUUUGCAGCAAACAGUUUUUGUUAGCAAGGAAAAAUAAAUUCAAAAUUCCAUU